AUGGGGCUCCUGGAUCCCGGGGCGCCCGGAGGCCCCGCCCCGGAGGCGGAGUCGCGCGGGAAGCCGAGACCCGGCCGGCCCCCGUCUCGAGUGCCAAAUUGGCGCCGGCGGCUGCUCGGUGCCGUGAGGCGGCCGGGGCUGCAGACUCGCGCACUCCGCACCGCCGGGCCCCGCACCGGGAGCGCGCCCAAGAGCCCAGCUCCUCCCUGGUACAAGCCCUCGGGGGCCCCAGAGCCCUGCAGUGGCCACUGUUGGAAGGCUCUCCUGGCUCUGCUGGCCAAGGAUCUGCUAGAGGAGAUAGCUGCUGAGAAGGUGGCUCCUCUGAGGCCAGUGGCUGAAACCAGGUGGCAGCUUGGUGAGCCUCAGCCAGGCCGAGUCCACGAGCUGGUGCUGCUUGAGAAAACCAACUGCCCAGACUCCAAGGCUGCCAUGGGUACCCGAGCUGAGCUGGCACUGUCAGCAGCCCCCGGAAAGCACAAACUGAGCAAGGCACACAGGGAGCAGAGGCAGAGUGCCUUCACGGAGGUGCAGAGGCUCAGGGAGAGGCUGGGGGGUGACCACAGCCUGGAGUGUAAGCAUGGUGACCCUGCUGUCCAGCCUGGCCUCCAGCAGCUGGCCCAGGACAUCCCCUGGAGCCCAGCUGGCCACGUGGUCUUCUCAGGGUGGCCCAGCAGAGUGCAAGACAAACAGAGAAGUGCUUUCAGCAAACCCAAGUGUCCGGCAGAGAUUCCAGGGCCAGCCCCUGUCUUCCCAGCAAGGGAACCUGUGGGCUCCCCAGGGAAUCUGUCCAGACUCACCAACACUGUAGAAAUUCCCUACUGGAGUCAACUUUCCCACUCCAAGCUUUGGGUGAGUGGUUUCUGGAACUUGCAAAUGUUGCCACAAAAUGCUUCACUCUCCAGCGCUUUUCUGGGUGGCUCCAUGCUGGGGCUCAAGCACACUGUUGUCCAGAUACCCAUGCCCUUGUCAUCCACCCCCACCUCCUCGUUGACCCUCCUGCCACCCACCUUCACCUCCCUGGGCUUGUCCACCCAUAACUGGUGUGCAAAAUGCAGGCUCUCCUUCCAGCUAACGUCUGACCUGGUCUUCCACAUGCGGUCCCACCACAAAAAGGAGUGUGCAGGGCCUGAGCCACAUUCUGUGAAGCAAAGGGAGGAGGCUCUUAUGUGCCCCACAUGCCAUGAGUACUUCCGGGAGUGCCACCACCUCUCCCGACACACGACAUCCCACACCUAGACAGGAGGUCAGGGGACAGCCUCUGGGGCAGCAGGGCCCUUGAUUUGGCUGGGGGCAGAA